AUUCAGUUGUAAGCGAAAACGCCAAAUGGAUGCUUAAGAGUUUAACAUCUGGUGAAAUAUCUGGCUCAUUGUUCCAUCUGCGGUGGUAACACAGGCUCUGGGAUGAGGACAGGCCUGUCCUGUUGACCUCCACAGUCAUGAUGGGUAAGAUCAUCUUCUACGAGGGCAGGAAUUUUGAGGGACGCCACUAUGAGUGCAGUGGUGACUGCGCUGACAUGCACUCCCACUUCUCCCGAUGUAACUCCAUUCGGGUGGACAGUGGGUGCUGGAUGGCCUAUGAGAAGCCUAACUUUUCUGGGUACCAGUACAUGCUGACAAGGGGGAAGUACCCUGACCACCAUCGCUGGUCCGGCUUCAACGACUGCAUCCGCUCCUGUCGCAUAAUCCCAGCUUACAACGGAAACUACAGGAUGAAGAUCUUUGAGAGAUCAGACUUUGGGGGAAAGAUGAUGGAGCUGAGCGACGACUGCCCCAACCUGCAGGACCGCUUCCACCGGAGAGACAUUUCCUCCUGCAAUGUUAUGGAGGGCUACUGGAUCCUCCACGAGCACCCAAACUACAGGGGCCAUCAGUACUUCCUGCGCCCUGGCGAGUACAACAAGCACAGCGACUGGGGCAGCAUGAGCUCCACCAUCGGCUCAGUGCGUCGCGUCACAGAGCUGAAGCAAAACAACCAAUAAAGCUGGCUCUAGAUCGCUCUGUCUAGCCAGGCUAGAUCUGUCUGACAGCCUGCAGAAGUCUAUACAUAUGUAGAGGGGAUGCCAACAUGAGUCAAUCUCAGAAUAUGGUUGAUAUCAGGGAAUAAUGAGAUUGUCCUUCAGUAAUUAGACCACUUACUGAGAAUAUGGCUGGGCUGAAGAAAGCAAGCAUUGGAUUGGAAUCCUGGUGUAGAUUUGUAUACAAGAACAUUUAAAGGGCUUUAUGCAGACAUAAGUCAAUUUAUACAUACCAUCCCCUCACAUUGAAUAAUAAACCAGUGGACUGCAGGGACAGUAUAUUUCAUUGUGUCACUAAUGCAGCAUGCAGCAGCAAAGACAGUUGCAAUUUCUUCCAACUGAGCCUGCUUAAAUUGAGGUGUUUUUUUUUUUUUUUUUUACAUUAUUCUGACCUAUAUCGAAACAAGUGAACUUCAUGUGUCUAUGACAAAGUAACUUUGUUAACUUGUCAAUGUAGCACUGUUUGGAAUAUAACAAAAAUCUUACCAGUUGAUGUUUGAAGUGUGAGGCAAUUCAAUGUUGGUGUUUUUGACGUUCACUAGAAGUAAAUCAAGUUUGAGCAAUCAGAUAUCAAUCACAAUAAUUAAUCAUAUCAACAAAAAAACAAAUAAAGGGGUACAAAAAUA